UUUUAAGAGGAGAAUUACCUCUCCAUCUCUCUUCGACUCACUCUCAGAAUCUCCCUAUUCUCCAGUUACAUCAGCGGAAUAGACAGAGCUGGAACAGAGGAAGAGAAGUGGAGAAAUACAGGGAGCUACCAAUGCUUUAGAGAACCGAAAGAGAGAGAGAGAGAGAGGGGGAGAGAGAGAGGGAGAGAGGGAGACAGAGAGCAGAAUAUUUUGGGGGUGCUUUUCACUUUUAGUUGCUUUUUUCAUUAUUUGUUACUCUUUAGAAAAUUCACAUUGUUUCACCUGGAGCCGUGGGAUUCUUUACUGGACAAGCUGCUUGGAGAUUCUCCUCCCGGUUCUCGGGCUGUGACAGGGCCGAUCUUUGACCCCCUUCAGGCUCCGGACGACAGAGGCUGAACAUGGAGAUGCGAGGCCGGCUCCUGGCGUGCCUGGCUGUGGCCUCCCUGCUCCAGCUGGGAGCCGCGGGGUUGGUGAAGGUCAUCCGCCACCGGCGGGAGGCCCUGAAACCCGGCGCGGACGGAGCCCCCGCCAAAACCGUCACCAACGUCACCUUCCCGCACCUGGACCACCCGGUGGUCUUUAACCACGUCUACACCGUCAACGUGCCGCACAGCGCGCUCUGCUCCGUGGACCUGGACUCCCCCGGGGGCACGGUGCGGGCGGAGAGGGACUCCCCCUCGGACGCCCCCGAGGGCCACCACACCACCGAGCACACCGUCAACGAGGAGAACCAGAUCGUGUUCACCCACCGCAUCAACAUCCCCCACCAGGCCUGCGGCUGCCACGACGGCCUGCCGGAGCUGAAGGACCUGCUGACCCGCCUGGAGCUGCUGGAGGGAGAGGUGUCCACACUCAGGGACCAGUGCACCUCGGGGGCUGGCUGCUGCAGCGCACACCAGGCCACAGGUGUGGUGGGGACGAAGCCCUUCUGCAACGGUCGCGGGAACUACAGCACGGACUCCUGCGGCUGUGUGUGCGAGCCGGGCUGGACCGGGCCCAACUGCACGGAGGCCUUGUGCCCUGGGCACUGCCAGGACCAGGGCCGCUGCAUGGAUGGAGUCUGCAUCUGCUUCGAGGGUUUCGGCGGUGAAGACUGCAGCGUGGAGCUGUGCCUGCCGGACUGCGGGGAGUAUGGGCAGUGCGUGGACGGGGUCUGCGCGUGCGCUCAAGGCUUCUCGGGCGAGGACUGCUCGGAGCCCGACUGCCUCAACAACUGCCUGGGCCGGGGGGAGUGCGUGGACGGCGACUGCAUCUGCGACGACCCCUGGGGCGGCUUCGACUGCUCCGAGCUCAUCUGCCCCAACGACUGCUUCGACCGCGGCCGCUGCGUCAACGGCACCUGCUUCUGCGACGAGGGCUUCACCGGGGAGGACUGCGGCGAGCUCAGUUGUCCGGACAACUGCAACUACCGGGGCAUCUGCGUGGACGGGAUCUGCGUGUGCGGGGAGGGAUUCGGCGGGGAAGACUGCUCCAAGCUCACCUGCCCGAACAACUGCAACAAGCGCGGCCACUGCUUCAACGGCAUGUGCAUCUGCGACCCCGGCUUCGAGGGUGACGACUGCUCCGUGCUCUCCUGCCCCAGAAAGUGCCACGGCAGGGGCAGCUGCGUCAACGGCCAGUGCAUCUGCGACGAGGGCUUCCAGGGCGCGGACUGCGGUGAGCUGACUUGCCCUAACGACUGCCUGGGCCGGGGCAAGUGCGUGGAUGGGCAGUGCAUCUGCGACGAGGGCUUCGAGGGCGAGGACUGCAGCGUCAAGAAGUGUCCCAAUGACUGCCUGGGCCGCGGCAAGUGCGUGGACGGGCAGUGCAUCUGUGAUGAGGGCUUCGAGGGCGAGGACUGCGGCAUCAAGAAGUGCCUGAACGACUGCCUGGGGCGCGGGAAGUGCGUGGACGGCAAGUGCGUCUGCGACGAGGGCUUCGAGGGCGAUGACUGCGGCAUCAAGAAGUGUCCCAACGACUGCCUGGGCCGCGGCAAGUGCGUGGACGGCAAGUGCAUCUGCGACGAAGGCUUCGAGGGCGACGACUGCGGCAUCAAGAAGUGCCUGAACGACUGCCUGGGCCGCGGCAAGUGCGUGGACGGCAAGUGCGUCUGCGACGAGGGCUUCGAGGGAGACGACUGCGGCAUCAAGAAGUGCCCCAACGACUGCCUGGGCCGCGGCAAGUGCGUGGACGGCAAGUGCGUCUGCGACGAAGGGUUCGACGGAGAAGACUGCGGGGUCAAGCUGUGCCUGAACGACUGCCUGGGCCGGGGGAAGUGCGUGGACGGGCUGUGCGUGUGCGACGAGGGCUUCGAGGGCGAGGACUGCUCCGUGCUCACCUGCCCGGCCAACUGCAACGGCAGGGGGCGGUGCGAGAACGGCCUGUGCGUGUGCGACGACGGCUACAUGGGGGAGGACUGCGGGGAGCUGCGCUGCCUGAACGACUGCAACAACAACGGCCGCUGCGUCAACGGGCUCUGCGUGUGCGACGAGGGCUACAUCGCCGAUGACUGCUCCGAGGUCUCCCCGCCGACGGACCUGACCGUGAUUGAGGUGUCCCCGGAGUCGGUGAACCUGACCUGGGCCAACGAGAUGGUUGUGACUGAGUACCUGAUCACCUACGUGCCCACGGCCCCGGGCGGCCUCCUGCUGGACUUCCGCGUUCCCGGAGACUGGAAGGCCGCCACCAUUGACCAGCUGGAGCCAGGGAUCGAGUACCUGAUCAACGUCUAUGCCAUCCUCAACAACAAGCAGAGCAUCCCUGUCAGCGCAAGGGUGGCCACACACCUCCCGGAGCCUGAGGGUCUGAAGUUUAAGUCUGUGAGGGAGACCUCCGUGGAGGUGGAGUGGGACAAGCUGGACAUCUCCUUUGAUGGCUGGCACCUGACCUUCAGAAACACAAAAGAGGAGAACGGGGAGAUCCUGAACACCCUGGAGCACACGGACACCAGCUACGCGCAGACGGGCCUGGGCCCAGGCCUGGAGUACGAGGUUAAGCUGGAGGCCGUCAAGAAUAACAUCCGAGGGCCCCCGGCCAUCGACACCGUCACCACCAUGCUGGACAGCCCCAGUCAGCUGGAGGUGCGCGGGGUGACGGACUCGGUCGCGAUCGUCUCCUGGCUCCAGUCGGUGGCUCAGGUGGACGGGGUCUCUCUCUCCUACGGGCCGAGCACGGACUCUUCGGACAGGAACACCGCGGACCUCUCCCACACCGAAACCCAGUACAGCCUGGAGAGCCUGGCCCCGGACACAGAGUACGAGGUGUCCCUGGUCUCCAGGAGAGGAGAGAUGAGGAGCGACCCAGUCCGGGAGACCUUCACCACAGACCUGGACGCUCCCACGGACCUGGAGGUGGUGGACCAGACAGACAGCACCGUGACUCUGGAGUGGAAGAACAGCAAGGCGGCCGUGGAGAGCUACCAGGUCAAACACAGCACGCUGUCAGGGGCCGAGCACGGCGUCACGCACUUCCUGCCCUCGGCUGGGGACGUCACGCUGGCCACCAUCACCGGUUUAAGCCCUGGGACGGAGUACGGGAUCGGCGUAUCUGCAGUGAAGGAGGACCGAGAGAGCCUGCCAGCUACCACUAACGCUGCCACUGACCUCGAUGCCCCCAAGGACCUGGAGGUGAGUGGAUCCACGGAGACCACCCUGACCAUCGUGUGGAAGAAACCCGUGGCCAAGAUCACCAUCUACCGGCUGGUCUACUUCUCCACCGACGGCAGCAUGGAGGAAGUGGAGAUCCCGGGCACGGAGACCACGUACACGCUGACCAAGCUCACCCCGGGCACGCUCUACACCAUGUCGCUGGUGGCGAAGAGAGGCAGCGAGAAGAGUGAACCCGCAACCCUCUCUGCAUCUACAGUGGAACACAAGCCCCUGGUGGGAAACCUCACCAUCUCAGACCUGUCCUGGGACAGCUUCAAUGUGUCCUGGAGCCCGGAGGAGGCUGAAUAUGACGCCUUCUUAAUUGAGAUUGCAGAGCUGGAGGGGGGCGAGCAGGUUGCUAACCACACCCUCUCCGGGGACGCCCGAAGCCUGGGCGUCUCCGGGCUGAACCCCAGCACCACGUACAGGAUCAUCCUGUACGGGGUGCACAAGGGGGAGAUCUUAGAGCCUGGCUUUGCUGAAGUCGCAACAGAGACAGAGCCUGUGGUUGGCAGUCUUUAUGUGUCAAAUGUUACUUCCGAGAGCUUCACCAUUUCCUGGAAUGGCACGGAAGGGAACUUUGAGGGUUUUGUCAUGGAGAUCAUUGAUACCAGCUGGCUGAUGGAGACCUUGGAGUAUAACCUAUCCCACAAUGCACUGUCGUAUGAAAUCACAGGGCUCAACCCCAGCACUGACUAUAUAGCCUACCUUUAUGGGGUGUUCAAAGGGGUGAGAACUCACGCUGUCAGUACUGUUGCGACAACAGCUGCAGAACCUGACUUGGCCAGGCUAGUUGUUUCUAACGUUACCUCAGACAGACUGUCUCUCUCCUGGAGGACGGGAGCCAAGGCUUUCGAUAACUUUGUGGUAGAGAUCAGAGAGUCUGCUUUGCCCUCGCAGGCCACGGGGCGCACCCUUCCCGGGGGGGCGCGCUCCACGGUUAUCACCGGGCUGAAAGGGGCCACGCGCUAUGACAUCAAAGUAUACGCCAGCUCCGGCCGGCGGAACACGUUGCCCCUAACGGCCGUGGCCACCACAGAGGCAGAGCCUCAGCUGGGGGCGUUAGCCGCGUCCGAUAUAACCCCGUCGAGCUUCAUCGUGUCCUGGGACACCGUGGCCGGCCACUUCGACGCCUUUGUCCUCCGGGUCAGUGACGCGGAGCAGCUUUACGACACGCUGGAGCUCGGGGCCACUGCGGACGUCCGCAACGUCAGCGUCGGUGGCCUGGUAGACUCCACCCACUACGACGUCGUCCUGUUCGGCAUCUCCCACGGCCGCCGCACACCCUCGCUGUCCGCCCGUGCCCGCACAGCGGAACUGCCCAAAGUGGAGAACCUAAGCAUUUCGGACAUUAACCCGUUCGGUUUCCGGGUGUCCUGGACCGCGAGGGACGGGGAGCAGCCCGACGGGUUCGACCACUUCCAAAUAGUGGUGACGGACUCGGGCUGGCUGCUGGACCCCCAGGAGUUCACGGCGCAGGGUGACCAGUCGUCUCUGGACAUCAGCGGUCUGAUCACUGGCAUAGGCUAUGAGGUCAGGCUGACAGGGGUGUCCAGGUCAGGCCUGAACUCCCGAACUCUGAGUGCAGUGGCUGUGACAGAAGCCGAACCGGAAGUGGAACACCUUUUCGUUUCGGACAUCACCACGGAAGGUUUCCGCCUGGCCUGGACCGCCGAGGAAGGCGCCUUCGAUACGUUCGUGAUUAAAGUUAGGGAUUCCAAAAGGCUAGAAACCCCGCAAGAGCACGUCGUCUCCGGCGAUGAACGAACCAAAGUCAUAUCGGAUCUCACUGGCGGAACCGAGUAUGAGAUUGAGUUGUACGGAAUCACCCUGGAGUGGCGAUCCCAGCCCAUAACCGCUGUAGCCAGAACAGGUGUGGGUGCUCCGAUGGACGUCAGCUUCUCCGACGUGACAGACACAACCGCCAACGUCCUCUGGACCAUACCCCGGACUCGAGUGGACAACUUCCGGGUCUCCUGCUCCCCUGCCGAAGGAUCUUCAGGGGUCCCGAUACUUCUGGCGGUAGACGGGAGUGAGACACAGACCGGGCUGUCGGGCCUGAUCCCAGGGAUGACCUACCUGGUGACCGUCGUGGCUGUCAGGGGCCUGGAGGAGAGCGAGCCAGGGGCCGGCAGUCUGACCACCGCUCUGGACAAGCCUACUGGCCUGAGGGCCAUCAAUGUCACUGACUCCGAGGCCCUGCUGCUAUGGCAACCGGCCAUCGCCACCGUAGAUGGCUACGUCGUCACCUACAGUGCAGACGCUGUGGGCCCGGUGAUGGAGCAGGUUUCCGGGAACACGGUGGAGUUUGAGAUGAGCUCCCUGGUGCCCAGCACGCAGUACACCGUCAUGGUCCACGCAGUCCGUGGGGCGGAGAAGAGCGGAGCUGCCGCCACUGAUUUCACCACUGAUUUGGACGGCCCACGAGACCUGGCGGCCAGUAAUAUCAGGCCAGACAAGGCCACCCUGACCUGGGCCGCGCCCCGCUCUGCCAUCACCGGCUACACCCUGAUCGUGGAGUCUGCUUCUGGCUCGCUCCUGGAGGUGCCUCUGGGCCCUGAGGAGACCUCGUACAGCCUGUCCAAGCUCACUCACUCCACAGAGUACACAGUGAAGCUGCAGGCCAUCGCUGGAGAGAGGAGGAGUCAAAUCAUUAGCAGCGUCUUCAGCACCCUGGGUCAGCUCUACACGCACCCUAAGGACUGUGGCCAGGCCCUGAUGAACGGGGACUCCCCCUCCGGUCUCUACACCAUCUACAUUGGGGGAGUGGAGAGCAAGCCCCUCCAGGUGUACUGUGACAUGACCACGGACGGGGGCGGAUGGCUGGUGUUCCUCAGGCGGCAGGACGGCAAAGUGGAGUUCUUCAGGAACUGGAGGAAUUACUCCAACGGCUUCGGCGACGUGAGCAGCGAGUUCUGGCUCGGCCUCGGCAACCUCCAUAAGAUCUCCGCGGCCGGUCAGUACGAGCUGAGGGUGGACCUCCGCGACCAGGGAGAAGAGGUCUAUGCCCAGUACGACAGCUUCAAGGUCAACGAGCCACGUGGCCGAUACAAGCUGAACCUGGGCGAGUACAGCGGCAAUGCAGGUGACUCCCUCUCCUACCAUCAAGGCCGGCCCUUCUCCACCUACGACAACGACAACGACAUCGCCGUCACCAACUGCGCCCUGUCUUACAAGGGCGCCUUCUGGUACAAGAACUGCCACCGCGUCAACGUCAUGGGACGGUACGGUGACAACAGCCACAGCAAGGGUGUGAACUGGUUCCACUGGAAGGGGCACGAGCACUCCAUCGACUUUGUGGAAAUGAAGAUCAGGCCAGUCAACUUCAGAAACUUCGAAGGAAGACGGAAAAGAUCAUAAAAUGGCCUCCCCGCAAGACCCCUUCAUCAUGACCCGCCCAGCCAAGACCCUUCAUCAUGACCCACCAAGACCCCUUCAUCAUGACCCACCAAGACCCCUUCAUCAUGACCCGCCCAGCCAAGACCCCGCAAGACCCCUUCAUCAUGACCCACCCAGCCAAGCCCCCUUCAUCAUGACCCACCGAGACCCCUUCAUCAUGACCCACAAGACCCCUUCAUCAUGACCCACCAAGACCCCUUCAUCAUGACCCACCAAGACCCCUUCAUCAUGACCCACCAAGACCCCUUCAUCAUGACCCACCAAGACCCCUUCAUCAUGACCCGCCCAGCCAAGCCCCCUUCAUCUUGACCCACCAAGACCCCUUCAUCAUGACCCGCCCAGCCAAGCCCCCUUCAUCAUGACCCACCAAGACCCCUUCAUCAUGACCCGCCCAGCCAAGACCCCGCAAGACCCCUUCAUCAUGACCCGCCCAGCCAAGACCCCUUCAUCAUGACCCACCAAGACCCCUUCAUCAUGACCCGCCCAG